CCCUCCUGAUCCAACAUGGCCGCUGUGUCCAGUCUCUCCAGUGACGCUCAGCUCGGAGACUGACUCGGUUCCUCCGUCCUGAGCCUCUGGACCGCGCCGGACUUCAGCUCCACUCGGAGACUAAUCGCCCGCUUCAGCUCGUCGGUGGUCCCGGUUCGUUUUAGCGGAAUAACCUUCAGCCACCACCCCCUCCUCUGGGCCUUUUUACCCCAAAAACCACCGCUCCCGGGGCCAUGGUUUGAGUCGGAGCUCCCGGGGUUCCUCUUCAUGAACGAUGUGUGAAAACUGCGCCGAGCUGGUGGAGGUUUUAAACGAGAUAUCGGAUGCAGACGGCAGUGAAGGCGGCUUCCAGCUGAAGAAAGAACAUGCUCUCCGAGUGCUGGGCUACAUCAGCUCCUGGACACAGAGGCAAUGUCUCUGCUGCUUCAAGGAGUACAAGCACCUGGAGGUUUUCAACCAGCUGGUCUUCGCCCUCAUUAACCUGGUCAUCACCCAGAUCAGCAGCCUGAGAGACCGCCUCUGCAGCAUCCAGGGCCACACCCAUAAAGGAGGCGCAUCAGGGGGUGAGGGCGCGGGCUCUGAAUGGAGCGGGGGCGAAUCUGCACCCGGACCCCUCCCACAGCCGUCCUCACCCGGGGAGGACGAACCUGUGAAUGUGGAGAGAGACUCUGCGGAAGAGGAUGCUGACACACCCGACCUGAACCAGAAUAAGACCCCGGGUCAGGGGGCCAGCCAGCAGGGUGAAGCCCAGAUGGAAGCACUGGGGCCUGUGGAGAGCGGAAGUGGGUGCGGGGGAGGUAACGGCGGCGACGGGGCCGCCGGCAGCGACUGUCAGGACCCGUUCAGCUCCUGGAGCACAGAAGAGAGGGAGAAACUGCUGCUGUGUGCUGCUAAGAUCUUCCAGAUCCAGUUCCCCCUUUACACAGCCUACAAACACAACACACACCCCACCAUAGAGGACAUAUCCGCUCACGAAAGCAACAUCCUCGGCUCCUUCUGCGACAUGAACGACGUGGAGGUGCCGCUGCAUCUGCUGCGUUACGUCUGUCUGUUCUGCGGGAAGCACGGCCUCUCCCUGAUGAAGGAGUGCUUCGAGUCGGGCACGCCGGAGAGCCUCCCCUUCCCCAUCGCCCACGCCUUCAUCACCAUCGUCUCCAACAUUCGUAUAUGGUUGCACAUUCCCGCGGUCAUGCAGCACAUCAUACCGUUCCGUACCUACGUAAUACGGUACCUGUGUAAGCUGUCGGACCAGGAGCUGCGGCAGAGCGCGGCACGCAACAUGGCCGACCUGAUGUGGAGCACGGUGAAGGAGCCGCUGGACAGCGCGCUGUGCUUCGACAAGGAGAGCCUGGACCUCGCCUUCAAAUACUUCAUGUCCCCCACGCUCACCAUGAGGCUGGCCGGACUCAGCCAAAUCACUAAUCAGCUCCACACGUUCAAUGACGUCUGCAACAACGAGUCCCUGGUGUCCGACACAGAAACGUCCAUAGCAAAGGAACUCGCCGACUGGUUGAUUCACAACAAUGUGGUGGAGCACAUAUUUGGACCCAAUUUGCACAUUGAG